AUGUCCGACCUCGUCGUUGUCGGCGACUCCGCCGUGCACGAGCUGCUCAUCGGCCUCUCCAAGGACGAGAUCCUCGACUUCCAGCGGGACCUGGCGCAGUCGCUGAUGCACGUCUCGGUCCAGAACGAGGGCCAGUACCAGCCCGUAGCCGGGGUGGUCAACCGGCCCGACGGCCAGAAGGUGCUGUUCCGCUCCUUCACGUCGCCGGAGCUCGUCGGCACCAAGAUCAUCGUCGACGCGGCGCCCGCCUUCGACGCCGACGGCGGGAAGGUCCAGAGCCCCCUGCGCGGCAUGCUCUCCCUCGUGGACGCCUCGGGUGCGCCCAAGGGGCUCGUCAACGCCGCCGGCGUCACCGCCUUCCGGACGUCGCUGUGCGCUCUGAUCCCCUACAUGUGGAGGCGCGACACGGAGAGCAUCCUCGUGUUCGGCGCGGGGAAGCAGGCCCUCUGGCACAUCCGCCUGGCGCUCGCCCUGCGCGGCUCCGAGAUCAAGAGCAUCGUCGCCGUGAACCGCUCCGGGUCGACGGCGUCGGCCAUGAUCGACACCCUCAAGGCGGAGAACGGCAGGUACUGGAAGUCGUCGGCCGAGCUGACCUUCCUCGACUCCUCGCGGCCCGGCAGCAAGGAACGCCUCGCGCAGCUCACGGCCGGCGCCGACGUCAUCUUCUGCACCGUCCCCUCAACCGCCCAGCUCUUCUCCCUCGACGACGUCCUGGGCGGCGGAGAGCGCAGGAGGAACCCGCUCAUCUCCGCCAUCGGCGCCUGGCAGCCCCAGAUGAUCGAGCUCGACCCGGAGAUCCUCAGGUACGCCGCCCGGAAGGAGGGGGCCGUCCUCGUCGACAACCGCCACGAGGUCAGGGAGAGCACCGGCGAGGGUAUCGGCGCCGCCCUGGAGGACGGACAGCUCAUCGAGGUGGGCCAGGUGCUGGACUGGAAGAGCGAUAGGCCCACGUCCCCCCGGGGCGCACUCUCCCCUGCGCAGGUGGACGCCUGGACGAGCCACGGCUUUGCCGUCUACAAGAGCGUGGGCGUCAGCGUCACCGAUCUGGUGUCGGGUAGCAAGAUUCUAGACCUGGCCAAGGAGAAGAAUGUCGGAACAUUGGUGUCUAAUUUUUAA